AAACGUGUGCUUCAAGGAGUGUUUUUGUCAUGUUUUCAGAAAGCGCUGUUACACAAGCAGCAGACCCAGCCGCUCCUGGAGCUGCCGAUGGGCUACAAGGAGAAGGAGAUGACGGUGGAGAUGAUGCAGAAGCGGGAGGAGCGAGCGCGGAAGAGACGCCUGCAGGCGGCCAAGAAGGCGGAGGACAGCAAGAACCAGACCAUCGAGAGGCUGACCAAAACCAGCAAGGCCAAGAUCAAGAGCAUGAGGGAGAGGAAGUCCAAGCUGAGCCAGAGCCCCAUGGUGCGCUACAGAGACAACGCCCUGGGAAUGAACAUCUCCUUCCCCUCGGGGGUUCCUGCUCCGACCCCAACCCCCCCCUCUGCUCCACCUGCAGCCCCCGUGACCUGCGGGGUCACCGGCUGCCCUAACAUCAAGAGGUACGCCUGCUCCAAGAGCGGGGUGCCCCUCUGCAGCCUCGAGUGCUACAAGAGGAACAUGCUGCUGGUUCAGAGCGCAGCGUGAACUCUUUAGGACGAAUGAACACCAGUUUUGUUACUACAUCCGGAUGAAGGUGCAUACAGACUAAGUCCUACAAUCGAUGCGCCUGGAAAGGAUCAUUUGAACUCGACACAAAUCAUUUCAGGACUAAAUAUUUGUCAUCGUUAUAAUAAUGGUUUUCCCUGAUCAUUCAAUUAUGUACAUUAUAAAAUGCAGAAUUCUACGAUUUGUUUGCCGAGUAUUAAACUAUACUGAUAAGAUUACAGUUUUUCUC